AUGAAGCUUCAAGUAAGCCUGAAUAUGAUGCGUUCUUGUUCGCUCCUUUUUGCGUUCUUGUUCUGGAUCGACCACGUUGCAUGGUUGAAAACCAUCGAAGUCCACAAUCGGUCAUCCAUUUUUAACAAUAAUCCGUCAAAGAACUGGGUUGUCCUGGUCGCAGGUUCCAACACCUGGGAAAAUUAUCGACAUCAAGCGGACGUUUACCACGCGUAUCAACUCGUGCGUAAAAACAAAGUUCCGGAGAAGAAUAUAAUCACUUUCGCCUACGACGAUAUUGCAAACAAUCCCAAAAAUCCGUUUAAAGGCAAAGUAUUCCAUGACUACGAGCACAGAGAUGUCUACCAUGGUGUGGUGAUUGACUACCGUGGAAAAAGACUUGAAGCGAACAAGAAGAAGGUGCUGAAAAGCGGUCCUAGUGACAACGUGUUCAUCUUCUUCUCUGGCCAUGGUUCCAAUUCCUUCAUCGAAUUCCAAGAAGAAGAACUGUAUGCCAUGGAUUUGAACGAUACCCUCGCCUACAUGCAUUCAAAAAGAAUGUUCAACAAAUUGGUGCUGUAUGUGGAGGCUUACAACUCUGGCUCUAUGUUUCGUGAUGUGCUUUCUUCAAAUAUGGGAAUCUACGUGACAACAUCAGCCAAAGAAGACGAAAAAUCCUCGGCUGUUUUUUGUUUUGACAAGGACAUCGAUGUUUGUCUAGCAGACGAAUACUCGUAUGAAUGGCUUUUAGAUUCGGAAUACCGUACACUGGAGGAAAAAUACGAGGAGUUGAAAAAGAGUACGAUAGAACAAGUGAUAAUCCGAUACACAUCUCCAUGUGGUUUCGUGCAAAUCUCGGGGUAG